AUGUCAUCCAUCUUCGAGUUCUAUGCCGCCAGUGCACCAGACGAGAUACCCAGUCGUCUUUUGUUAGGUGCCAUUUGCAAGAGAUGGCGUCAGAUCACUUGGGAGACCCCGAGCCUCUGGUCGACGAUCCAUGUCAACCUCGACACGUGCCAACCACAUGUCGAGCUAUUGUCGCAGUGGCUAAGAAGAUCAGGACAGCUUCCUCUGUCGAUUCGAAUAUCCAGCAACGCCGACUGCAUACGCUUCUCAAUGGUUGAGCCUCCAUUCAGUGUUCUCAAUCAGUACUCAUCACGGUGGAGCAAUCUCAAUAUUUCAUUGCCAUUUGCCUUUUUGCCCUUCCUAUCCAGAAGUGGGACGUCCAGCUCCAACUUAAAGACUCUCACCAUUUUGCCACCGGUUGACAGUGACGACAAACUAGCAGACCAAGGCAAAGGCGUCUUUAAGCUUUCUAACGGAGAUCCACACCCAGAUACCAUUUCUAUUAGAGGAUUGUCGUUCAACGCUGUCCACGUUGAUUGGUCCAACGUAACGGAUGUGCAUUUCGAGGGAAUUACACUUCUCGAUUGUAUGUGCCUCUUUAAACAAGCUUCUCGACUCAUCAAGUGCUCAAUCACCACCGAGGACGACGGGAGCAUCCUACACUUCGACACACCUCUCAUACACCCAUCCAUUGCACAUCUCAUCAUUGUAUUCAGCUUGUGGGACACCCCUGACGAUCUAUUCGAUCGCAUCUCUCUCCCCGCACUGACGGAGAUGGAUUUUACUGUCAGACAGUCAGAUUAUGAUUCAUUUAUUUCCCUCAUCGAGCGUUCCAGCUGCAUUCUAAGUUCCCUCUCCAUCACAAAUCAGAAGCCACCCACUGCUGAAGAUCUUGCCAACUUGUUGUGGACCACAUCCAGUCUCGAAAACUUUGCACUCAAAGUACCACAUAUCCCUCCUAAUCUCUUUGAGCUUUUUUCUUUGCCAGACUCAAACGACGAGGGGGAGAUUCACCCAAUAUUCCUCCCCCUACUGAGAACAUUUCAAUAUCGGGGAGGUAGCUCACAUUUAUCCUGGAAAUCCUUCAUUGAAGCUUGUACAUUGAUUCUCAGGAUACGAAGGAAAAAAGAGGCGGCUCUUCCCUCCUUUGAAUUUGUCCUCGACCUCAAAGACAAAGAUCCGGACUCGGCCUCGUCUCAGGCAGAGCUGAACAAGGUUACUGUGGCAUGUCUGUGUAGCUUGAUAGAUCAGGGUAUUGGGCUCAAAAUAAGUAACAGCUCAGGAGACAUACUUCAGCAGGCUAAGAGGCGUUAUAAAGCAGAGAGGUUCGGGGUUGGUGGAUUCGAUGAGGAGUCCGAGUGA